UGUGCUUCACUGAGGAUUUAACCAGAGAAGUAUUUUGUAAUACACAGGGCUAAAUUUUAGGCUUAAACUGAAGCACAGAGAUGUCAUGUAAAAUCGUACAGUGAGAUAUAAUUCAGGAGUUUGCUCAGACUGAGAAAUCCCUGUCCUGCUGUUCCCCAGGAGCAUCCCUGUCUGCUUCCUGCUGGGCUGGAGGAGCUGAGCAGCGUGAAUGAGAACCCCACAGCAUCUAUACUGUUCAGAACAAAAAUCUAGCUUGCUUCAGGAAGAGGAAAACAAGCAGUUAAAGACAUAUAUUUAUCAAUAUGAAUUAAACUUCCCUUUCAUUCAGUGUUACCCAGAGCUUUAGCAGGGUGGUGAGUCAGGUUUGUGCAUUUACUUAAGUCCCCACAGGGGAAGGCUUUCAAAUAAAUCCCUGCAUGGAACUGAUCUAUUAUUCAUGGUGUUAUUGAUUAUAAGUCAGAGAAAUCUUUAAAAGGUUUCUUGGCUGUGCUUUCACUUCUUAUUACUGACAAGGCUGCUCGUAGGAGAACAGUGAAUAUUUGUGUCAGCCUGGAGCAGCCAAGGGCUGGUGGAACUCAAAUGCACCCAAAUUCUGGCUGAUUGUCCAUAGAUCUCUGUCCUGUGUAGGAGUGCAGAGUGGUGAUUAUGCUAUUAAUCCACCUUCAUGAGUCUGUUCAUAUUUUAUAUUGAUCAGGAAUGAAGCAUUCAGUGUUGAACUCUUUACAGCUUUUCUACUGAGAACAAGGAAUCACUGGUACAACACCAGAAACAGGUGGAGGAGUUCUCAGGUUUGAAGCAGUCCCUUAAUGCUCAGGAUAAUGUUUUCUUACCUCUGGAACCUACAAAUUCAGCUGGAAUGGAAUCUGUAGCCACACUUGUUACAAGAAAAGGCCAAAAGUGUGUAUUUCUGGAAUCUGUGCUGGAGGAAAAAGCACUUAUUUCACACCCUGAUCCUAAAGAUAAUGAAGAUAAUCCAUGUGGUGGAAAGUACCCAGUGAAAGGCUUGGGGAUGCUUCCUACUUGGUGUAACUUAUGCCCGGUUCAGGCAGAAAAUACUCUUGAAGGAACAGUUAAAGAAGUGGAAGUGCCUGUCCCUUCUGAGAUCCAUCGGGUGGAUGCCAGUCAGUGUUUGAAGCAUUUGGACCAUACUUCUCAUGAAGCUUCUGAUGAACUAAAUUUGAAAGCAUUUUCUGAGGGAUUAACUUCCACUGAAUCACUUUCCAAGUCAAAUAACUUCUUUCUGAAAUGUGAAAGUGCCAAAUCAGACUCUUUUCACCCAGAAUUUCAGAAAGUGUCUGCAGUUUGCAUCAGCUGCUCAAAAAGUUCCAUUUCAGACCCAGAAUUAGAGCUGAAGCAUGGAGAGGACACAGAUGUCAGUGUCCCAGAAGAGUUUGUCUGUGACAGUGGUGAUGUGUUCACUAAUCUCUCAAAAGAGAUGCCAAUAGCAAUAAGCAAUGGAAAGGAAACAUCACCUAGUGACAAACACAAUGACCGUGAGCUGCCUGAAGAUGACAGAGCUGAGACUUCAUCUCUCUCCCAGAAAUACCCUGGAAAUGUGUUGGAUCAUGGCUGCACUGAUAAUCUGCUUUCCUUUAUCCCAGCAGACAAAGCAGAUUCCUCCAGAACCGAGUCAGCACAUUGCUCCCAGUCUGAAAACCCUACAGAGGGAGUGGAUGAGCCACACCUGGGUGCCUCACAAAGCUGCAGCAGAAACAAGCCCUCUUCUCAUGAGAUCCCAGCACUGGGGAAUGAUGCAGCUGCCAGCCCUUCACGCACUGAUGCAACCUCCAGUAGUGAUAAGGGUCUCCCUCCAACUGAUGAGAAUGCCUUGUUGGAAAUGCUGUGUCCUGUGGAUGAAGUAUUGUCCUCUGGAAGUGCUGACUUGCCAUCCUCUAACAAAAAGGAUUUGUCAUUUCCAAGUGAAGAUCUUCCUCCUCCCCUUUUAGGUACAGAUGCAAUGAAAAAUGGUGAUCCUGCCUCCAGCAUGGAUGAUUUCCCAUCUCCACCAGAACAAAUGACAGGCUCAGAGCCUAGUCAGGGCAUGGAUGAAGAUAUAUCACUGGAAAUGGAUGCAUUACCCCCAUUACCUGAUAACACUGUGCCUGAAGAAUUUCUCCUGCUCAGUGCAGAGACAAGUAGUGCUUUUUCAGCUCAGGAUGGUUGUCUCUCAGAACAAUCUAUUACAGCUCUUUCCAGCUGUUUAUCAGAAAACCAGCAUGGAGAACAGGAGAUGCCUUUGCAGCAUUUGGAGUUUCUGCCUGUGUCAAACAUAUAUUCUUCUGAUGGAAGUAAAAGUCCUCAAUUCCCAAUGAAACAAUACAAAAUGUAUGAAAAGCUGCUCAACACUGAGGAGGAGAGUGAUGACCCAUUAUCAUUAUUUGAAAUUGGGGACAGGGUGUUGGUAAAGCAGAGCCAGCCUGGAACUCUGAUGUUCAAAGGCCAGACUCAUUUUGGCAGUGGUCACUGGGCUGGUGUUGCACUGGACGAAGCUGAAGGUGACAAUGCUGGAACUUAUGAAGAGGUGAAGUAUUUUGAGUGUGCUCAGCACUGUGGGGUCUUUGUCAGACCUGAUGAGAUUUCACACCUGUUUGGGGUUAACAAAAAUAGUUCCAGUUACAUGGGGAAUGAAGACUCUGACUCCUUCCAUGAUGAUGAUGACUCCCUCAAAGGAGACUGCAACUAUUCUGAAGAUGGUGAGCAGAGAGUGAGGUUUGUAGGGGAGAAAGCAAAAGCCACAAACAGUGCAGGAGGUUCAGAAGUGAAAGAAAACCAGUCUGGGUUACACAGUGCCUUGCUGCCUGGAAAAGGGCAAAUGUUUCCUCAUUCCAACCAGUGUAACAAUAAUGAAUUCCUCUGUCAAAAAAACUUACAGUGCCUGGGAUCAGAUAAAGAAAAAACAGAACUGGCACAGAUAAAACAAACUAUAUUUGCAGAUGUUCUUCCAGAGACAAACAAGACAGAUGAGGUAAACACAAGCAAAAAUAUUUGUUGCUUGGUAGAGGAUCAGAAAAGAAUUAAACUUGCUGAUGAUAUUGCAAGUGAACUCAGUAAAAAACUUCUGUUUGACAUUUUAAUUGCAUUUUCUAAAACAGCUCAACACAAAUAUAAAAGUGCCUUUGAAAAAGAUAUGAUGAAUUAUGGCAACGGCCUGAGGCAUGAAGACAAUCAGAAACCGUUUCCCCUCAAAGAAAAUUCAGUUGCUGCCUUAUCUGAACCAUCAGCAAAGGUUUCUGAUGUUUUACUGGGUGAUUCUGAUACGCUUUGCAUGCAUGGUUGUCACACAGUAACAGACAGAAUUGUAACUAAAUUUAUAGAUGAUGCAGUUAAAGAAUAUAAGAAGAUUAAAAGAAAACAGAGAUCAAAAGCAGACAAGAUACUUCAUUUAUCUCCAGAGACUUCUCCAACCACUUUGCCUCUCCUUUUAAAAAUCCUUGAUGCUGGUGUUUUUGGAAGCUCUGAAGAUUUUGAUCAGCCUAAUUCUGACCAAAACAUGCUGGUGAGACAGACACAAAAGCAAUACUUGUACAAAUCAGACCAGUGGCACUCAGCUCCUUGGAAGAAAACUGUGGAAGUUCCUCUUGUGAUACCACAUAACAGUUCUUAUGUUAAAAAUUUGUCUGCAUAUGCUGUGGAAGAAUUAUGGACCCCAGAGAACAUAAAAUCAAAUUUCAGGAACAUCAACGUGCCAGAGCACUUGGAAUAUAGUGAUCUCCCAGGGAAUGAUUUGGAAGCAGAAAGCAAGAGGAUGUAUAAUCAGGUUAUAUUUGAUUUGAGCCAUGAGUUGCUGUGUGCAGAAUAUCAAGUGACUGCAAAGCCAAAUAUGUUCCCAUGGAUGAAAAAAGAAGUGGGAUCUCUCUGUGCCAGGCCUCUCUGCAGAAGGGCAGAUGUCAGUGAUGUCAAGAUCCAGGAGCUCUGCAAAGAAGAAUCUCAGUGGACUUCCUACGGUGAUGAUGAAUUAACAGUGAAGAUGAGGAUGACUGAAGCCAUAUUUGAUAGCUUGAUCCUUGACACAAUCAGAGUUCUUAAUAAGAUUUAUCUGAAAAAAGCCUGCUUGAAAGGUGACUGUGAACCAUCUUGUUUCUUUUAAUAUGCUGUGGAACUGCUUAAAAGGAGCCUGGAGAUGGUUUCAGAGAGGUGGCACAGGGAAUGGCAGGACCUGGAGCCAGACAUUCAGGUUAAAUGUCUAUAAUUUUAUGCAAAUGAGGCAAAUACCAAUGUGAUGCACUUUAAAUUGGAGAUUUUUUCUAUCAGCACCUUUAAUUCCUAACAAUUAGAUGUGUGCCUGUAAUUGGGUUAUUUAUCAUGCAAUUCACAGAAGCCCAUUGAAUUUUUACAAUAUCCAAAUGUGUGGUGCUGUAAGAGUGCUUUGAUAGACAAAAGAGAGGAAAUCAAUACCGCUUUUGUAUUGGCAAAACUGGAAAAAUCAAGAUUUUGACAAGGAAAUAGAAGCAUUUCCUCAGCAUGGUAAUUGUUCACUGUGCUAAUUGCUGUACUCCCACCUAUUUUGUAUUGAGAAAAUCAAAUAUUUUAGGGUUUUUUUUAAUAAAUACUGUGCAAAUAUUUCUUACUGGAAUUCAGAAGCUGUUCAUUAUUGAAUAAUUGAUUGUAAAGAGAUCAGAUUUUUUCCAAUCCUAUUCAGAGUGUCUUUCAAAUAAUAUUAAAAUCAGACUCAAUAAAGAUAAAUUAUAUAUAAAACUUAAGAUUUAAAAAUACAGUACUUAAAAUCUGCUUGGGGAAUAGAAAGACAUUUUAUGUUUGUAUUUUUUUUCCUUGUUUUUUGUACUUGUUUUCUGAAUAAAAAUUAUACACAUGG